GUAACUGAGAGUUGAAAACAGGCACUCUUCAUUUAUCUCCUCUCUCUGGGUCCUGUCCAUUCUCAAAUCUCUCAUACCACCCAUUUCCACAGCGUUUCAGAGAGAGAGAGAGAGAGAGCGAGAGCGAGAGGGAGGGGUCAUAUUGGAAGUAGUUGAAGAAGUUCAGUCUGUUGUACAAGGGAAGUUUGGUAAGGAUAUCUGCGUCUUCUCAGCCAUGAAUCAUUAUAUUCCUGAUUGGAAUUUUGAGGGUGAUCUUCCUGUCUCCAAUCAGAAGAAACCCAUAGAGCUAGGCAAUGACCUAGUAGAGCUGCUAUGGCGAAAUGGGCAGGUAGUUUUGCAUAGCCAGGCACACAGAAAACCAAGCCCUCAUGUUCAAAAACAUGAUUCACCAACAGUAAAGGGCAGUGGAUCAAUUCUGAAUUCAAGCCAUUUGAUUCAAGAUGAUGACGCUGUGUCUUGGAUUCAAUACCCUCUGGAAGAUUCUUUUGAAAAGGAGUUCUGUUCCAAUUUUUUCUCGGAAUUGCCACCACCACUUUCUGAUCAAAUUUUGGAAGAAAAGUCGGCUAAAUUUGAUGCCUCGGCACCUUCACAGCAACAGCAUCAGCAUCAGCAUCAGCGACAACUCAACAACAAUAAACCUCAUGUGGUUUCUGAAUUUUCAGGGAAUCCAAUGCCCCCUCCAAGAAUUCAAGUCCCGGAGAAAAAUCAUGCUGGUGUAGGAGGAUUUGGUGAAGCUGUUAAUGCUAACUUUUCUCAGUUCUCCGCCCCCUUUAAAGGAGGUGAUUUUAGAACUUCAAAUGGACAAUUUGGAGGCCAGGGGUCUGGAAACUCUCCCCAAGGGGAGGUCAGGGAGUGUUCGGUGGUAACAGUAGGGUCAAGCAAUCAAAUUCCACAUGAUCGUGAUAUGAGCCGUGCUUCUAGUAAUGCUGUGGGGACUAGUACUGCCUUUUCUACUGGACCAUCCAUGGAUGAUCCACGAAAAAUAGUCUCCGAGAGUGAGAGAGGCAAAACUGAGACACUUGAGGCUACUCUUACCUCAUCCUCAGGUGGAUCAGGUAGUAGUUUUGGUAGAACAUGUAAGCAAUCUGCAGGACCUAGUGGUAGCCAGAAAAGAAAAACUAUAGACACAGAGGAUUCUGAGUACCAAAGUGAGGCUGCCGAACUCGAUCUCGAUUCAAUGGCAGGAAACAAUCCAACCAAACGAUCAGGAUCUACCCGCAGGAAUCGUGCAGCUGAAGUGCAUAACCUCUCAGAAAGGAGACGGAGGGAUAGGAUUAAUGAGAAGAUGAGAGCAUUGCAAGAGCUCAUACCUCACUGCUACAAGACAGAUAAAGCAUCAAUGCUGGAUGAGGCAAUUGAGUACUUGAAGUCACUUCAGUUACAACUUCAGGUGUUUCAGGUAAUGUGGAUGUGUGGUGGGAUGGCCCCUAUGCUGUUUCCAGGAGUGCAGCAUUUCAUGUCUCGCAUGGGAAUGGGUCCCCCUCUGUCUUCUAUGCAAAAUCCAAUGCAUUUGCCUAGGGUCCAACUCAUUGAUCAAUCCAUUUCUAUGGCUCCGACACAGAACCAGGGAGUAAUGUGCCAAACUCCAGAGUUGAAUCCAGUUAAUUUUCACAACCAGAUGCAAAAUCCAGCUUUCGCUGACCAGUAUGCGCGUUUCAUGGGCUUCCAUAUGCAAGCCGCUUCUCAGCCCAUGAAUAUGUUCCGGUUUGGCUCGCAAACAGUACAGCAGAAUCAAAUGAUGGCACCGACAAGCAGUGUUGGAGGACCCUUGAGUGCUGGAACCGCAGUCGGUGAAGCUCCUCCAAGUGAUGACAAGAUGGGUUAAUUGGUGAAUAUGAAUUCUGAUCAGGUGUUUAUGGUCCCCUGGACGCAUAAAUCAGGACUAUUGCAGGCUGGUGGAAGCAACUUCCUAGUGGAUAUGCGAAGCAUUUAAUAUCUUACCAAUCAUCUGCCUACUGAAAUAGACGCAAUCAUAUCUUCUUUGUUCAUAUCCUGAAAUAGCUGUUACAGGGAUUAAAUAUCCCCAUAGAACUUGUUCCGUAAACAUUUUUUAUUGAAUGUAAUGGUUUUGUUUGCGUGUUGCUG